GAACAGGCACACUCUGUUCUAAGCUUCCGAACACCAGCUCAUAACGGUCCAACAAAGCGUUGAGAAUAAUCCGACGGCAAUAUGGCUUUGAAUAUGCGGGGUCACUCCGUCUUCUGGGGAGAAUCCGCCGGAACCCAGCGCAUUGCCGUCCGUGGACCAAUCAUGGAUUCCGUGAUUGCGCCAGAGUCGGGGAAUAUAAAUCGGCCUUUUUUCUCUACUUGACUUACUUUAAAGUAAACAAUCAUACAAAUUUCGAAAGACAGACAAAAUGGCCACCCACCGUUUCGAUCCUGAUUUCACCGACAAUGUCAUCAAGUCGAUGGGCCCUCAGACGCCCGAGCGAUUCCGCGAGAUCAUGACCAGUCUGAUCCGACAUGUCCAUGACUUUGCGCGCGAGACCAAUUUGACCGUUGACGAGUGGAUGGCUGGUGUCAAGAUGAUGAAUUGGGCUGGUCAGAUGAGUGAUGACAAGCGGAAUGAGGGGCAGCUUCUGUGUGAUGUUAUCGGACUUGAAUCCCUCGUCGACGAAAUCACCUACAAACUCGCCCAAGAAGCCGAAGACACCCCCACCGCAACCGCAAUCCUAGGCCCCUUCUUCCGCCCCGACACCAAAUGGCGCCAGAACGGCGACAACGUCGUCGAAGGCGUCAAGGGCGGCGAGAUGGUCUUCAUGCACGGCCGCGUCAUCGACUUUGUCACCAAGAAGCCCCUCGUAAACGCUACAGUGGAGAUGUGGGAGGCAUCAACGAACGGGUUGUACGAACAGCAGGAUCCGGAGCAGGUUGAGCAUAAUCUGCGCGGGAGAUUUAGGACGGAUGAGGAGGGGAAGUAUUCUUAUUAUUGUUUGCGGCCGACGCCGUAUCCAGUGCCGGAUGAUGGACCUGCUGGGAAGGUUUUGAAGCUUAUGGAUAGACAUCCGUUCCGGCCUGCUCAUAUUCAUAUUAUUGCCACCUACGACGGCUACAAGCCUCUCACCACCCAGAUCUUCGACAGCAAAGACCCGUAUUUGACCAACGACUCUGUCUUCGCUGUCAAGGACUCGUUGGUUGUGGACUUUGUCCCUCGCGAAGGAGAUACUCAAGCUGGACUUGAGCUUGAAUAUGAUAUUAAGUUGGUGCCGAAUGAGAGCAAAGCUAAUAGGGUGUGAUUUACUUUUUUUUCCUGCGUUGUGUGAAUUUGUAGUUUUUAGAAGCAUAUACCUUUUGAUUACUCCGUACAAUAGUAUUGCCCUUGUAAUGGAAAUAUACGUGGGCCUUAUCUUCUAUCAUAGAACCAAGAGCAUAAACCCAAAUCAAUUAUUACUGGCCUCUGGCACCUCCGACAUGUUCAUCUAGUAUUUGAUCUGUGUCAAUGAUCUUCGCGGGUGCCAAUCACUCUAAUCAAUGUCUCUAAAUAGCACCAGAUAACCUAUAAGAGAUGAUCUAAUUGGUAUCCAAAUAUGAUCAUAACGGCCCCUCCGUGAACAUGUCUACAGCCCAUUCUCCACAAAAUCCAAAACCGCCCUCCCAACCUGAUCCGGCGCCUCAACACAAUGCCAAUGCCCAACCCCCGCAAGCACCUCCAUCCGCUUCUCCUUUCCCUGCACAUUGUCAAAAAUAAAAUGGCACCCAUCCAACGAAGCAGACUUAUC